UAGGGCAAAUUAUUCUUUGAGCCGAAUUUCCAUGUCUACACUACGUCGCACUGGUCGCGACGAAUGGAUCCGACUGGAUCAUGAGACAUUUUCGGCAAGGCCGUAGUAUUUCAAGUAGGUAGUUAAUCUAUGUAAACUGUACUAGUUAUCACUUCGAAAACUUUUUCUAGAAGACCAUGUCUCUUUUAAUAAAGUCGACGGUAACCGUCCCAAAAAGCUUACCUUUUAUAUGAAUUCCCCUCACCCCGGACACACACACACACACCACCACGCUCCCCUUUUCACUUCUCAUCUCCCCCAAGUAACUAAUUACAUAACACGGUCCUUCUAGUGCCCGUGCCUCCCCCCGUCACGCUCGUGCGUCUUUGUCGUCGAGCCGAUCUAGCUGUCGAGAUGGACCUAGCCAUCAGCGAGGGAGAAAAGAGCCCGAAGGAGAAUUCUCUGACUAGCAAUGGUGGUCAGAAGGAUGUUGAGGCUGGUGACGACCAGCUACAUCGGGGCCUUCGCAGCUACCAUCUCCAGUUUAUCGCCAUCGGAGGAACCGUCGGAACUGGCCUGUUCUUAGGAAGCGGGGAGGCGUUGGCGACAGCCGGUCCUGUUGGCUGUCUCAUCGCCUUCCUCUUCGUCGGCUCAAUCGUGUUCUCCAUCAUGACGAGUCUGGGUGAAAUGGCUUCAUUCAUUCCGGUUGCUGGCAGUUUUACCGUGUACGCUUCUCGAUUCGUCGACCGCUCUCUUGGUUUCGCGAUGGGCUGGAUUUAUUGGUUCAGCUGGUCCAUAACGUUCGCUCUCGAACUCGUAGCAGCCGGCGUUAUUAUCCAGUAUUGGGACUCGACGCUUAGCAUCGGAAUAUUUAUCGCUAUUUUUUGGGUCAUCUUCACAGGCGCCAACUUCUUGCCAAUUCGUUAUUUUGGAGCCUUCGAAAUGUGGUUCUCUAGCAUCAAGGUCGUCACCAUCGUCGGUUUCAUCAUAUUCGCCAUUUGUAUCGAUGCUGGUGCGGGGAAGAAUGGAUAUCUCGGGUUCGACGCCUGGGUACACCCUGGCCCUUUCGCCGAAUAUAUUUUUACUGGAAACAUCGGCAAGUUUGUUGGAUUCUGGUCGGUACUCGUUACCGCCGGAUUCAGCUACCAGGGGGCAGAACUUGUCGGCAUCGGCGCAGGAGAGACUCAUGACCCAGCAAAGAAUGUCCCAAAGGCUAUCCGGUGGACAUUCUGGGGAAUUCUAUCUCUUUUCGUUUCAACCAUCUUCUUUGUCGGCUUACUCGUGCCUUAUGAUACGGGAGCUCUUCUAAUCGGCACUACGGAUGCCUCAGCGUCGCCACUUGUUAUCGCAGCUAACCUCGCUGGAGUUUCUGUUCUUCCUCACAUCAUCAACGCCGUCCUAUUAACCGCCGUACUCUCUGCUGCUAAUUCAAACGUUUACUCUGGGAGUCGUAUUUUAGUCGGUCUAGCCUUGGAGAAUAAUGCCCCUGCAUUCUUGUCCCGUACAAAUCAGCAUGGAACUCCCUAUUUCGCGGUCGGUGUCACUUCGGCAAUCGGGCUCCUCGCCUUUAUGAAUCUAUCGGCGAACGGCGGCGACGUCUUCGAUUGGCUGCUAAAUAUCACUGCCAUAGCUGGCUUCAUCACCUGGUCUUGUAUCAGCGUCUGCCACUUACGAUUCAUGAAAGCCUUAAAGGCUAAGGGAAUCUCCAGAAAAGAUCUCCCAUACGCGGCGCCGUUCCAACCAUACUUAACUUGGUUUGGUCUCUUCUUCUGCGUGUUGAUUCUAUUGACCAACGGAUUUACUGUUUUCAUCGAGUGGAAAACCAGCGAUUUCUUCGCCGCAUAUAUUAGCCUCAUAUUGUUUGUUGUGCUCUUUGUAGGGCACAAACUCAUAUGCUGGACAAAACCCGUCAAACUAGCAGAUGUGGACCUUGACCGUGACAGAGUCCAGCAAUAAUCUCUAUUGCAUAUGUAAAUAUUUUAUAGCAAUACCUACCGUUUAUGAUACCCUUAAUAUCAAAUAUUAUAGUAUA